AUGACCGUUGGUUCUCUGGCUGCAGGCGGCAAGGGAUGCGCAUCUCAUCAACCAAGAACCGAAAUCCGCAUCCACGCGCAUUCAAUUAUCUUGGCGAGUUGCUCCGAGAUGAUGCGCUCCUGGCUAAGCCGCUGGAGCGACCGUCAUUCCGACGAUGAGGAGCCCGAUGCGGACGGCGACGAGCUAGACACUUUCCCGCAGCUCGACUCUUCCGCCUCCCACCUGUCUCUCGACGGCGUGGAGGAGGAUGAGGAGCUGCUGACGUGUAUGCUGCUGGCGGACAGGUGGCUCCUCCCGGAUUGCGUGUCCGCCUGCGCCGCCCGUCUGCAGGCCACCCCGGCCGGCAGUCUGUGCUGGCGGGUGCGGGCGGCGCUGCUGGCGCUGCCGCUGGGGCUGUCCGCCGCCAGCCCCCCCGUGGCGCAGCUGCAAGCCCGGGCUGAGGCCUCGUUGAUGCGGGCGUUCAGGUGUCCCGAGCUGAUUUUGGAGGACGCGGAUAACUGGCGGCUGCUGCUGUCACUGCCGGCGGACCGAUUGAAGCAGCUGCUGCUGGAACGGCAGGACGUACAGGUACGAACGGCGUUCGUACAUACACCCGAGUGUGGGGCCCCAGGGGUAGGUAGGUAG